AUGUGGAGAUGGCUGACGUGCUCUUUGCCUUUGCCUCGCGGCGCCUGCUUCAAAGGGGCGCGGAGUUGCAGUACGAUCGAGUCGCCGCGCGCCUUGCCCGUGUGCCCGGGUCGGUGUCGUUUUUGUGCGGCGGCGUUGGCGAGGCGCGCGCGCAGGCGGUCGCGCGGGCGUUUGCGCAGCUCCGCUCGGGCUUUUUCAACGACGCAGACUGCGCCCACCUUUUGGCGCAUGCCCAGCUGCGCCCGCACGUGUACCAGGUGUACUUGUUGGCGUGCCGCAACGCGCGGCGCGGGCUUUUGUGCAACCAGACGCUCGACGCCGUUGUUCGGGCGGCCGUGCAAGUGGGCGACUGGGACUUGGCGCAGGCCGCCGCGCACCGGUUCGUGCAGAGCGUUUCGCCGGCGACAUGGGCGCUUCUUGCGCCGCCGCUUGCGGCGCGGGUGCGGCCGCUAUUCAAGCGCCUUGCGAGAACAGACAAGUUCCACCGCGUGGCGCUAG